CACACCCACUCUUUUGCGUCAUCAGGUGCAUACUGGACCUAGCUAACAUGCUAUAUGCUUACAUGCGUGUUUUGGAGCUACUUCUACUCCACUGAAGAACUUUUUCCUUCAGUGAGGUGCGGGAGGACUUUCUGCUAUUAAUGACAAUAAUAUAUGUCACAGCUGUGACUGCUGAGAUUUUCAGCUAAAAAUGUUUGAAAACUUUGAGGCGCAAAAUGGGACAGAGGAACUGAGAAGACCUUUGCUUUGAGGAUGAAGAGCAGAGAAGCUGACAAGGAUGUCCCUGAGGUCAGCCUUAAGGAGUGAUCGAUCCGCUGCAACCUGUGCGCAUAGCAGGCAAUGGACCGAUAUACAGUCGAAGGCGGUGUUUUGGCUGUACGGUGACGUUUUAAGGCAGGUCUUGGUCAAACCUACCAAUGAUACAAGUCGGUUCUAUUCUGCUGGGACUGGUCGCAAUGAACGGGUGUCGGAGCUCUGCACGGCAAAGGAGCAACCACAGCGAGACGAGGCGAUCAAGGGGAUGCGGCAUCGGUACGCGGGAGCUGUCCAUCAGCACCAAAUCCCCGACGAAAAGCAAGCAAGCAGCAAGCAGAGCCAAGACCCAGUCGCUCCUGUUUUCAGCCUGCCGCCCCCGCCCUCUUCUCACCACCGAGAUCGUACUUCGACCACCGCCGCUCACCGCCAGAGCCUCCAGGAGCUCCCCUGUCUGAGCCAGCCCUCCCGGAGACCUGUUCACAGCGGCGACCCUCUACCUCUGACGAGCUACGACACCGCCCAGCGACCUUCACACCGAGCCAGUGAACCCAGCACCGGGCAGUCAGUGCACCUGCAGCAAGAUCCUUGGGCCCCGGUCGGCUCUCAGCAGCAGCAGCCGCCGCCGCAGCAAUCGGAGAAGCAGCCUGUUUUUCCAAGCUGCCACUGCAGUUUUUCCGAGCAGGAGGCGAGCCUUUCUCAAAAUCAUCACCAUCCUGCCGAUCCUCUCCCCCCGCAGCCCUCCCCACCUUUUCCGCCGCCUAUACUACCACCGCCACCAACGUCGUCCUCCUCCUCCUUUUCCCGGGAAUCUAAAAGAGGGGAUCGUCUCCGAAGGAGUGCCAAUAAUUACCAACAGGCAAGCAUCGUGGAACGCUGCAGGGGAGGAGGAGGAGCAGGAGGGCACCGAGACCACAGGCAGUUGUUGCAGCAACAGCAGCAGCAGCAACAGUAUCAACAGCACAGUCAUUUAAGACUCCAACAGAGGGACCCCUCCCCUGAAGGAACCCGUGCAAACUCGCAGAAAGGGCGCUCUUUAAAUGUAUGCGAGUCAACCGAGGCUAACAGGAGAGCAUUCGAGUCUCAGACUCAGGACCUGCAGCAGCAGCAGCAGCAGCAGCAACAGAUCCCACAAUUACGAGCGCAGCAACAGCUACUGGUGGGGAGCAGCUUGCCUAUCAACUACUGCGCCAGCGGCUCAGGAGAGCUAUGUAGGACUCACCAGGCUCCACUGCUGCAACAGCAAGAACAGCAGCAGCAGCAACAGCAGCAGCAGCAGCAGCAACAGCAGCAGCAGCAGCGGCAGCAGCAAGGCGCACUGGGGCUCUGUCCCCAGCGUCCGCAGCACUGUGAACAAGACCGCAAUAAGUCUGGGAGGAUCACCGCGCAAGGCGACCAGGCGCAGCCACACAGCCGCGACUCCCGCGUAACCCCCCCGGUAACACAACAGGCGUACGCGGAGAACUCGUCUGCGACUGGCAGCAACAGCAGCAAAGACAGCCCGAACUACGGCUCGAGCUAUCACCUGUGGCCAGAGAGCCCGCAUAAAGGAGAGGAGAGGAUACGCAUCGACCUCCAUAAGGCCACUACUGAGCAGAAGAAGCUGAGCCAUGCUGGAUCCAAGCCCUCCCUCUCCGAGAGCAGCGGCCGACUCCCUCAGAUAGCCAUGAACACCUGCAAGUAUAAUGGCGGAGUGGUGAGACCACUAGUGGGCAGCCUGGCGUCCUCGUCGCGCCGCAACCUUGCGGAGCUCGACUCAGAGACGCAGCCCUUGCAGACACUGCACAGCUCUGGCCUGGAGGUGGUGGUGUCCAAGGGCAAUGGUGGCGAAGAUCCCAGCAAGGCGUCCAACGAGAGCUUGGUCAGGGAGGGCAGCGUGCGCGGCGGAGGCAGGGCGCCGCAGAAGAAGAACAGGGACAUUGGCUACAGGCUCGGCCACCGGAGGGCGCUGUUUGAGAAGCGGAAGCGGCUCAGCGACUACGCACUCAUCUUUGGGAUGUUUGGGAUUGUCGUCAUGGUGACAGAGACGGAACUGUCAUGGGGGGUUUACACUAAGGAAUCUUCAUACUCAUUUGCACUGAAAUGCCUUAUCAGCCUUUCCACUGUUAUAUUGCUUGGUCUUAUAAUAAUGUACCAUGCCCGGGAAAUCCAGCUGUUUAUGGUCGACAAUGGUGCGGACGAUUGGAGGAUAGCCAUGACGUAUGAGCGGAUCUUCUUCAUCGUGCUGGAGUUGCUGGUGUGUGCCAUCCAUCCCAUCCCGGGCCAGUACGUCUUUACCUGGACGGCGCGGCUGGCCUUUACCUACACGCCGUCGGUGGCCGAUGCUGACGUGGACAUCAUCCUCUCCAUCCCCAUGUUCCUGAGACUCUACCUGAUAGGCAGGGUCAUGUUACUCCACAGCAAGCUGUUCACGGACGCUUCGUCUCGCAGCAUCGGCGCCCUCAACAAGAUCAACUUCAACACACGCUUUGUCAUGAAGACCCUCAUGACCAUCUGUCCAGGAACUGUUCUGCUGGUGUUCAGUAUAUCCUCCUGGAUCAUUGCUGCAUGGACUGUGCGCGUCUGUGAGAGGUAUCAUGACAAACAGGAAGUGACCAGUAACUUCCUCGGAGCCAUGUGGCUCAUCUCGAUUACCUUCCUCUCCAUCGGAUACGGGGACAUGGUACCACACACGUACUGUGGGAAAGGCGUGUGUCUGCUUACAGGGAUUAUGGGAGCUGGUUGCACUGCACUGGUGGUUGCAGUGGUAGCCAGGAAGCUGGAGCUGACCAAGGCUGAGAAACAUGUCCACAACUUCAUGAUGGACACACAACUCUGCAAACGAGUAAAGAACACAGCUGCCAAUGUACUCAGGGAAACAUGGCUCAUCUACAAACACACUAAGUUGGUCAAGAAGAUCGAUCACGCCAAGGUGCGGAAACACCAGCGCAAGUUUCUCCAAGCCAUUCACCAAGCUCAGAAACUGCGCAGUGUGAAGAUGGAGCAGAGGAAACUCAAUGAUCAGGCCAACACCUUGGUGGACCUGGCGAAGACCCAGAAUGUGAUGUACGACCUGGUGUCAGAGCUGCAGGAGCGCAGUGAGGAGCUGGACAAGCGCAUCGGCACAUUGGAGGACAAGCUGGACUCGGUGACGGGCAGCCUGCAGGCGCUGCCCUGCCUCAUCUCCCAAGCCAUAACCCAGCAGCAGCAGGACUUCCUGGACGGCUUUGUUCACCGCUUUCGGCCCGCCUCACUAGCCUCAGAGCGCUCUGAACGCUCUGAGCGAUCCUGGACUUCCACCGCCCGUAGGCGGCGCUCUCCCUCCACAGCACCACACACCUCCUCUGAUAGCGGAUAACCUUGACAAACCCUCUGCAAUCACCUUCAAGCCCCACCAUUCCCAAACCAACUCGGCACCUUACUUUGUCCUAUCCAAAGCCGUCCCUGUAACCGGUGGCGAGUCCAUGUCUGGACUAAUAAUGAACCCAUAUCUUGACCUCUGACCUGAUCCUUUGCCCUUAUUCUCUCCCUCCCAUCCAUCCAUCCAUCCUCUCUCCCCUUCCUCCUCACAUCAAAUCCAAAAACCAAUUCCUCUGUGACUGAGCGUCUCAGCACAGGACUGGAUCAGAGCUACUCCAAGAGAACAAAGAAAAGCAAACAAAGACUUAAAUCAAGAAAAAACACAAAUGCAUCCAAAAAAAGAGAAGGAAAAAAAUUUAAAUGACUGAAAAACCGAGAUAAAGUAGAGAUAUGGUUUAUGUUUUAGCCAUUGUAUGGCUGUUCAAGUUAGCUUUUUUGUAAAAGCCCUUGUAUAGUUAAAAAAUGACUGAGUUCAGGGUCGCUGGGGUGAGAGCUGGCUAUCACACCGGAGAGUCCUUAACCACGAGGGGGGAAGUUGGUCUGUGGAGCUGUGGGCCUCGGCUCACCUGCUGGCCCUCUGAGGCCAUGGAGGACAUUCGUCCACCCAUCCGUCCGUCUAUCUGUUUGUCCUGUGAGGAGAGCGAGACAAACCAUUGGAUUUCCCUUUCAAAAGACUAGUGUCAUGGAUUCUUUCCUAUAGUUAAGGGUAAAAGCUUUAGACGAGGCUACGAAAGCUCUGACUUCAGGUCAGUGUUUGAAAAUGCACUUAAGGGGGAGGGGAAACUGUCACUCAAAAGAAGAGCAAAGGGGAUGCAUAUGGCAUUACUACUGGGUAGGAUAAAUUUACACAGUUGCCAACUUCAAGGUUUCAGCUUCCUUGUUCUUACCAAGGGAAAAUGAGAGCGACUAUCUUUUUUAGUUACAUAUUGACAUGUGAUUUUUCAGUGCCUGAAUGUAUAAAUAGUAGAGGGUUAUUUAAUUACUAAUUUCAGAGCUUUUUUACGAUGUUAACAGUCUGAAUACAGCAUUGCAUUCCUUUUUCAGAUACAUUCCUCUCCAAAAAUUUAAAGAAAAUGUCUUAAUGUAAUGCAUAACAUUGCCUCCAUUACACAGCAACUCUAAAUGUUUUGAAAAUCUUUUUUUUUCUAUUUCUACUAACACCGUGGGUUAUGAAAAAGUUCAGAGAGUAAGCAAAAGGGAGACAGACUGAGAGAAUAUUUGUGAGUGUGUUUGUCAGAGUUCACUUUUAGCUCAAUGCUGCACACUCAUACACACAAUGAAACCUGUAGUAGUCUACCUUUCUCACCACCACUAAUUAGAGCUUCCUGUGGUCUUCAGAUAAUGGCAUGGCUUGAGGUCUGCUGGUGUGUGCGGCCACACAGGCACACAUUACUGGUCGAACUGAGAAAACAAACCCUGCCCCUUUGCAUGGUUCUGUGCAACAAUGACAAUGGAACACAAUCUUCCUCGGAUGGCUUGAUGAUUAUAUUUAGAUUUUAUUUUAUAUUUUUACUAAAACUUUUUUACUAGGAUACUUAGGGUUUUUAGAGUUGCAGAAACUAGAGAGUUGCAGUAAUGUGAUUCUAUAAUGCAUUCCCUGUUUAAAUAUGCUAAACAUUGCUAUUAUAAAACAAUCCUGAAAGGAUACAAAUAAAAGUGCUUAAGAAACUUUGAUGAAUGGAUCCCUCUACAAAUUUAAAAUAAUAGUUUUGGGAAAUACAGUUAUACAGUUUUCUAGUGUUUGAUGAGAAGAUUGAUACCACACGGUAAAUAUGAAGCUACUGCUAGAAGCUGCUUAGCUUAGCUUAGCUUAGCUUAGCAUAAAGACUGGAAACAUGGUGAACAGCUAGCCUAGCUCUGUCUAAAAUCAAGAUAUAUCUUUUUUUAAACUUUUAAAUGUUUGUUUAAUCCGUACAAAAACUGAAAUGUAAAUAGUGCAGUCACUUCCUGGAGUCUCCACUGAUUGCCAGGCAACCUCAUGUUGACAGCACGACUCCAAGAAAUAGGCCCCACCGUAAAACUACAACUCGUCGUUAAUACACUUGGGGUUUUAGUACAGAUUAAACAAACGUAAUAUAACUUGUUAUUUAGUGAACUUCAGAGGUGUGAAUAAGUGUAUUUCCCAAAAUGUCAAACUAUUCCUUUAACAUUACAGUAUCAGGCCUCUCUUUUGUCUUUCUGAAAGACCUUUAAACACAUUCACUAUGAUAGAGGAGAAAUGGAAAGUUUUAAAUCUCUAAGGUAUGGUGUAUGACGCAUCCAACAGUUGUGAGGACUUUUGAAGAUAAAUAUUUAGGAGUUUAAGGUUAUUUUUUUCCAAAGUACAUAUAAAAGGCAGAUCAGGAAGUCAGCGGGUUAGCAGGCUAGCAUGCUGUCCUGAAGUAGUUUGAAUGGUAGAUAACCAGCGUCCCAAAAGGAUGUGAGAGCUAAAACAGCAUCUUUAUGACCCCUUGAGCUAAAAGUCAAAUAGAAUUAUUAUUAUUUGCUUUAUCUUACUUAUUUCCAAGUUGCUUUAGUUUGAAUCAGGGCAAAGUCUAAACCCAGCGAGCGAGUCAACUCUCCCACAGGCUCUGGACUGGCCGGAGAGCACUUCAUUUAAAAACACAUUCAGUUUGCUACGAGUGGAACUUAAUCAAGCAUGAAUAUUAGCUUUUUUCCUUUCAACUUGAGUUGAUGAAGCAUGACUCUUUACUGCCCCCACCUCGAGCCACUUCUCGUACAGUGCUACACUCCACCCUCCCAGUAUGAAGGGAUCCAUCAUGCCAUUACAGUCUCUGUUUCAAUCAUAGACUCUAUGUUUCAAUCAGUGUCAUCCAAUGAGUCAGGACGACUAAUGGAAGACUGUCUGCUUGAUUACGACCUUACCUGCCUUUUCGUAUCUAAGGUUUCCACCUCUUCAUUACAUCGCAGGUUUAGCCUUGCGUUUGUCAUCUGUCAUCAUUAAGAACAUCAGUCCACUCAAACACAAAGAGGCUUCCCAAAUGGCCAGCAGCAAAGACCUUUGAGUGGUUCGAAUUAAAAAAAUAAUAAAAAAACGGAAAGAAAGGAAGAAGCAGGGGAACCCCCAGGUCAUGUUCCAUGUUGCACUCAGUGUGUAAUAUCCAGUUACACCAGGAAGGAUCACAGAUGCUGUAGUUUCUUCCCCAGAGAGAUGUAACGAUACUGGUGUCAAGGACUUCAUCCUUCAUCAGCAGACAGUGAAGAUGGGCAUGACUAGAUGAGAAAGAUGAGAGCAGGAGCUCAUUUACCGACAGACAUUGGUUUUGGCCCAGUGGCGGUUGUGAGGAGCAAGAGUGGGUGUCCUGUAAAUAUGACCUCAUUGUAGAUGUCGCCAAGUAAACGGGACAAAUGGUGAGCCGCAGGGGUAAGGUAGCUGGGUGCACAGGAUGUUGCAAGUAUGCAGUAGAAAAACAUAUAGAAAGGAUAUGAAGGAAUUCUGUCAAAUUAAAAAUAAAUUUUUAUUCAUUUCACAUUUUGUUUUUCUGCUGGAUGAUGGAGGUACAAUCAGGUCCUGUUGUUUUUUACCCUGUUGUAAAGGUUUGUUUUCUUCUUCACUCUUUAUCCUGUCACCAACAAAGUCCUGCCAAAACACCAUUCCAAUAUUUAAUAGUGACCCAAUUUUCUCCACUAGAAACACUAAAAAAUGCACAGUAUUUUGUAGUGAAGUGAGGGACAUUCAUGUUAUUCUGAUGAUGGUAGAUGAGUCAAAGUGAUAAACGCAUCCCAGAGUCUUUUAUUAUCCUGAAAAGUAGGCUUUCCUCAUAGAGCAGGAAUUGGAACACACUUCUACUGAACAAUAAUGGAGUGAAAAAAACCCAAAAAGUGAAGAAAUGUAACCCAAUCAUUGUUCUGUGUACACUGCCACAUGAUGCAUAAUGUACGUAGUAGCACUGGAAUAAAUCAACUUUUAAUGGAUGGCAAAUGGGUUUAACAUGUUCUCUGUAUACUGUUCGCUGUUCCUUCAUUUUGCAGGUGAACUUUUGUCCUAGCAAGGAGAGACACCAAGGUCAAAUCAUUAAAGACUAUCUUCAGCUAUGA